UUACACGACCUUCUCCGCGUCAGUGUGUCCGCAGCCAUGACUUGUUGCACACGGGAUCCAGCCAGCUAAACAUUCUACUUCUGUACGGACUUACGAACGCAGGAACGAACGCACGCACGCACGAACGGACGUAGGCAGGGACGCACGCACGGGCUCACUCACUCACUCCAGUAACCCGCGCGGAGACUCAUAAAGUGACUUUGCGAGCUGUGGAGAAUUCUGUUUUAUUAUUAUUAUUACUUUUAUUAUUAAUGAUUAAAUUAUCCGUGACUUUGACUGUGGGGGAAAUUUCCACGUGAUAAGUAGAGUGCAAAAGUUCGUGAUACGUGAAGAGAGAGAGAAAAAAAAGUGUAUUGUGAAGUGUUUUUAUUAUUAUUAUUAUUGUUAAAACAGAAUUGACUUGUGUUCGCCAGGAUUGCUACGCUGCUACGAAGGAGAAUCAGGUGUAAAGAAGGGGAUGUAACAAUGACGAGGAGCGGGGGGGCGGCGGUGGCUCCACGCCCGCUCAACACGGUGCAGUUCGAGCACCCUUCUCACACGGGCGCCCUGCUCUACGGCCUCAACACCCUGCGCUCCAAGGGCCUGCUGCUGGACGUCACCCUCAUCGCCGGCGGGGAGGCAUUCCAGGCCCACCGCGUCGUGCUGGCCUCCUGCAGCGACUACUUCCGCGCCAUGUUCACCGACGAGAUGCGCGAGCGGUGCCAGUCGGAGAUCUGCCUGAACGGCGUGAGCGCGGCCGGCCUGCAGUGCCUGCUGGAGUACGCCUACACGAGCCGCCUCUGCCUCAAUCUGGCCAACAUCCAGGACGUGUUGUCGGCGGCCGCCCACGUGCAGGUGCUCACCGUGGUGGAGGCCUGCUCCAAUUAUCUCCAGGCUCAGCUUGACCUGGAUAACUGCGUCGACAUCGCAACGAUCGCCGAGACAUACUCUCUCCAUGGCUUACGGAAGAGAGUGUAUGCCUUCAUGAGCUCUCACCUGCACCAGUUCAGCAAGAUGGCGGACUUCCAGCGCCUGGCCGUGUCGCAGCUGUUGCAUCUGCUGUCGUGCGACUACCCGGUGGACUGCAGCGAGGCGCAGGUCCUCCUCACCGUGGCGGGGUGGCUGCAGCACAACCCCUCCGAGCGCGGUCGCCACGCCGCGGCGCUCCUGCAGACGCUCAACCUGGAGGAGGUCCCCGCGGCGGUGCUGGAACGCGCGGCGCACCUGUCCGUGUUGGAGGGUCCGCUGCGAGCCGCCCUGCGCCAGACCGUGCCACCCCUGAGCCCCGCGCCGCCCACGGGGCUCGUCAACUCGAGGGGCCUGGAGCUGGCCGUCGUAAAAGUGGGCGGGUUCAGCAUCGCCGGGAUCACGAACGAGAUCACGUACUUUAUGCCGUCCGUGGGGCGCUGGCGGCACCUCACGACCAUCCCGCACGUGGAGCAGUGUAACUAUGGCACGGCGGUGCUGAACAAUGAACUGUAUGUGAUUGGAGGAUGUUUCAACCAGUCGCUGCAGGAGAACAUCCACCCCUUCGGCUUCCGCUACAACCCCCAGCAGAACAAGUGGAGCACGAUGGCCCCCAUGCAACGGGAGCGGUGUCGCUUCUCGCUGAGCGUGGUGUCCGGGCAGCUGUAUGCCGUGGGAGGAGCCAGCGAGGCCAGCGACGAAGGGGCAGCCGAGGACGAGAGCCCCUGCGAGGCCUACGACCCGGCGACCGACACCUGGAACCCCAUCGCCGCGCUGCCCGGCGCCCGAGCGCAGCACGCGGCAGCGGCGCUCAACGGGCUGCUGUACGUGAGUGGGGGGCUCGAGGGUGACCACGUCCUAGACUCGUGCCAGGUGUACGACCCGAGCACGGGCACAUGGGAGCUGCGCGCGUCCCUGCUCACGCCACGGGCGGACCACUACUGCGUCACGCACUCCAACUGCCUCUUCAUCUGCGGCGGCUGGUACGAGGACGAGGCCACCAACACCAGAGUGUUAGUGGACACCAUAGACUGCUACGACCCCUCGACAGACACGUGGUCGGUGGUGAGUCGCGUGCCCACGCCGCGGUACCACGCCGGCAUCGUAGUCAUCAGCUCGAGGCUCUACGUCAUCGGAGGCUUUCACUCCGACGCGACUUUCGACCGCGCCACGGGAGUCAUCGAGUGCUACGACCUCGAGAGUGGGCUGUGGAGUGUGGAGAACGCCUACCCACAGGACAUUUGGGAGCACGUGUGCGUCCCCCUGUACAUCCCUCGGUGUCGGGAUGACAUGGACGUCUUGGCCAUUACGAAAUAGUUGCCUUAGAUUGCGACAGAGGCUGAUGGGGGGAGAUAUCAUGCCAACACAUAGUUUGUUGAAGAAUACCGGUAAGGAAUCGUUGCUGAAUGUUUCGAAAAAAAUAACAUUUAUUAACUGUUAUAAACAAGCAAAAAAAAAAAAAAAAAAAAAAAUCUCAAAAAUUAUGCAAGAAAAGGUUUUUCUGUGUUUUUAGCACUGAACACAGAAAUAUAAUCUUAUGAUGAAAACUUUGUUCAGCUGUUACACUUUUUUGUAAUGGAUAAAGCGGCAAAAGCAGCAAGAGCAAAAUUCAAUGAACAAAAUAAGAAAAGAAAUAAAAAAAGUAUAUAUUCUCUCUCUAGGUAAAUAGCUGUCAUAAAGAUAAACCUUCAUUUCAAGUGGACUUCUUUGCCAGGGUUUUGGUAAAAAUUCUCGUGAAGCUUGUUUCGAAUUAGUCUCGAACACCUUAUUAAUAGUGUGAAGAGUUUCGAAGCUUCGAGAACGAUAUGACGGUUGUCCGUGACCAUGCAUUAUGGAGUAGUGCAUCAUUACUCCCAAUGCAGAAAAAAAUACCAUGACAAAAAACAAAUGACUACCACUCAAGGCGUAAAUCAUUUUUUGUGAGCACCAAGUUUGAUAACUCCAUCUGCCGUGGAUUCAUUAUUUACCUAAAUCGCCACGAUCAUUCAUCUGCUGCGCGAGUGAAUGAUUGCACGAAUUACGUUAUUCCCGCCGUCACUUUGACUGGGAAUUGCGUUAUCACUGUCACUGACGCUAGGUGUUGAAUUGCGUAAAUAACGCAUAUAAACAUAUACGUGUUUGAAGUAGUAUUAUCCACAGGGAAGGUUCACGUAAUUAACCUUGUACCACUUAGACAUAGAUUCCACACAGCCGCGGAGGCCACUUAAGAUGAAGGUUUGCCGAGCAAAAGAUCUGUAAACAUUUCAGAAUUUAUAUAACACACUGGUUUGCUAAGAAAAAUAUAUAUAAUAUGCCUUAUGUUGCCUGAAGCUUUAGGCUUAAUAUUUUGAUAAUGCUCAUAUUGGUGUCACAUCUGUGUUGAAAAUGGAAUAUUAAAUCCUACCGCGGAAUCCAGCAUGCUUGAUUUACUGUUAUAUAUAUAAAAAGAGGUAAGGUGGCAUUAGUAAAAUGAUCACCAUUUAUUUUUCAUCGAUUGAUAUUACAGCCAUUUGUUGAUGCAAACGCUUCCGACACAGCGCCCGCGAUGAAAACAUUUUGAAGUAAAAAGAAAA